ACGCGAAGUAGUUGGAAAAAAUGCUAUAGAAAUUGGAAAAUUUAAUAUAUGAGAUUUCACUGAAAGGAAAACAAUAUAUUAAUUAUUCCACUACCACAAUCUGUAAAAUAAACUUUGUUCUUUUUGAUCAGUGUUUUAAGCAGAUUCCACAUGUGGCUUCAUAGUCAUUCACAAAUAUAAAUAUAAUUCUGGUUCGCUGGUAGACAUAUUAACAGCAACUCCUAAUGUAAUUCUUCCAUAAUGUUACUUACGAAAUGAUUUCGCUAGGGCGCGAAUGAGCCAUGCCAAUUUGCCCAGCUUGUAUAAAUAGAAAAGAUAUGUAUGAUCUAUGGUUAAGUUUCCUCUUCUUUUUGUCAGCUCUAUUCUCUAAGAACACAGACUAGUAGAAGGGGUAGUAUUUUGUGCCAUGGCUAUGCUGUAAUUUCAUAUUUGUUAGUAUUUUUGUAGGGCAUUUAUUGGAAUUUUGUUGACUAGUUUUUUAUUGCUUGCUUUAUCCACCAUGGACUUGUUAGGUUCUAUCAUGGACUCAAUGGAUAAACCUCCGUCCUUAACUGAAAAGGAAAGAAUGAUAAUAAAAAAGAGAAAGGAAGAAAUCGAGAGAAGACAAAAAGAAAACAAAGACCGCCUUCAAAGGUUUAAAGAACGAGUGGAAGCAAAGUUGAUCUCACAUUUUGAUGAUUCCAAGAAUACCAUGCUUAAGUUUGAGCCCAUGGAUCAAAUUUGCAGGAGCAUAGUUCAUGAAGCAGCAGAACAACAAAAUUUGCUAUCCUAUGCAUUUGGAACUGAUGGAGUUGAUAGAUAUAUUAGGGUAUAUCGCAAAGAUCAUCCACCUUGUGAAGAUGAAUUAGCUGCGAGAAGGAGAGGGGAACCAUGGAAUGAACAAAUUAAACAACAACUUAUUAGAGAUAGGGAACUUAAAAAACUUGAGGAAUUGGAAAGCAUAAAACCAAAGCCUAAAGCAGAUUUUACUCCAAAUAGUAAUUACAAAGAUAAAUAUGCUCAUCUGAUUGGUCAGGAUGCUGCUUUAGAAGCAGCUAGGAAAACCCAAACCAACAAGUCUUACGGAUUUGUGCCAAGUGAAAACAAAAAGGAUCAUAGAUCCAUAGAGCAAACAAUGGCUGACAUUAGGGCAAAAAGAAGAAAAGUUGAAGUCGAUAAAUGCACUGGGCAGCAAGGUUCAUCGUAAAGCAUUGUUACGCAUAUUGUAGAAUAUAUUGUACAAAUUUUGUUUAGGUUUAGAAUUGUUGAAUCAAUUAUUGUGAAAUACCAAUUUACUCUUCUGGUAAUUUAUAAAAACCAACAAAGAUAUGAAACCAGAGGAUUGUCUCUGAACAUUGUUUUUAGUGGCUAUUAGUUUUUGACUUAUAUUAUUAACACUAUAAUAAUAAAUAAUUAUAUA